AUGUCAGCAGCACAGCUCCUGAACCCGAAAGCGGAGUCGAGGAGGAGGCAAGAGGCACUUCGUGUCAACAUAAGUGCCGGUGAGGGUCUCCAGGAUGUCCUGAAGUCGAAUCUGGGCCCCAUGGGCACCAUCAAGAUGCUUGUUGAUGGCGCGGGCCAGAUCAAACUGACAAAGGACGGCAAUGUCCUGCUCCGCGAGAUGCAAAUACAAAACCCUACCGCUGUUAUGAUCGCACGCGCGGCGACGGCUCAGGACGAUAUCUGCGGCGAUGGCACAACAUCCGUCGUGUUGUUGGUCGGCGAGCUCCUCAAGCAGGCAGACCGCUACAUCCAGGAGGGGCUUCACCCUCGUAUCAUCACCGAUGGCUUCGAGAUUGCCAAGAAUGAGGCGCUCAAGUUCCUGGACAAGUUCAAGCUGCCCAAGGAUAUCGACCGUGAGCUUCUCCUCAAUGUUGCCAGGACAUCGCUAUCAACCAAGCUGAGUUCUAGCCUUGCCCAACACCUCACACCCAGCAUCGUUGAUGCCGUUCUGGCCAUAUACCAGCCCCCGGCUAAGCCCGACUUGCACAUGAUCGAAAUCAUGAAGAUGCAACACCGGACUGCUUCCGACACACAACUUAUUCGCGGCCUUGCCCUCGACCACGGCGCUCGGCACCCCGACAUGCCCAAGCGGGUAGAAAACGCCUAUAUCCUGACCCUCAACGUCAGCUUGGAGUACGAGAAGUCCGAGAUCAACUCCGGCUUCUUCUACUCGAGCGCCGAACAGCGCGACAAGCUGGUGGAGAGCGAACGGAAGUUUGUCGACCUCAAGCUCAAGAAGAUCGUCGAGCUCAAGAAGCAAGUGUGCGGCAACGACCCAAACAAGAACUUCGUCGUUAUCAACCAGAAGGGUAUCGACCCCCUGUCUCUCGACGUCCUGGCCAAGAACGGCAUUUUGGCUCUCCGGAGAGCCAAGAGGCGCAACAUGGAGCGUCUGCAGCUCGUUUGCGGCGGCGUGGCGCAGAACAGCGUGGACGACCUGUCACCCGACGUGCUGGGUUGGGCUGGCCUAGUGUACGAGCAGCAGCUGGGCGAGGAGAAGUACACUUUCGUCGAGGAUGUCAAGGACCCCAAGUCUGUGACCAUCCUGAUCAAGGGUCCCAAUCAGCACACCAUCACCCAGGUGACCGACGCCGUACGCGACGGCCUGCGCAGUGUAUAUAACUGCAUUGUCGACAAGGCUGUUGUGCCCGGUGCUGGCGCCUUCCACGUCGCAUGCGCAGCGCACCUGCGCAGCGACGAGUUCCUCAAGACGGUCAAGGGCAAGGCGAAGUUUGGCGUCGAGGCGUUUGCCGAUGCGCUGCUGGUCAUUCCCAAGACUCUGGCAGCUAACGCUGGCUUGGACGUGCAGGAUGCUGUGGCUCUCCUGCAAGACGAGCUUCGUGCCGGUAACGUGGCCGGUAUUGAUCUCCAGACCGGUCAGCCUAUGGAUCCCGUGCUGGAGGGUGUGUUCGACUCGUUCCGUGUCCUGCGCAACUGCAUCGCGUCCAGCUCGAGCAUCGCUUCCAACCUGCUGCUGUGCGAUGAGCUGCUCAAGGCGCGGCAGAUGGGCCGCAGCGGUGGCCCGGGAGGGCCGGGAGGAAUGGAGGGUGUUGAGGAGUAA